AACCCAUUGCAGUAUUUUGUUACUAUGUCAAUGAAUUUUUGCAUCCUUUUGGUUAUAGCUUCAUAUACCUGUGGGUUUGUAAGUUCAACAGUGGAAACCAUACUUAUUUUUAAUUUGAAUUUCUGCAGCUCAAAUGAAAUUAAUCAUUUUUUUUGUGAUGCUCCUCCAAUGUUUAAAUUGUCCUGUUCAGAUACUCAGCUUGCUCAUUUUGUGCAUUUCAUUUUAUCCACUGUAAUUGCACUGACAACUUUUCUGACAGUUUUGAUUUCCUACAUUGCCAUUGUUAUUGCCGUCCUGAAGAUCAGCUCUGCCCAGGGAAGAUAUAAAGCCUUCUCCACCUGUGCCUCCCAUCUCAUCACUGUGACCAUUUUCUUUGGAACCAUAAUCUUCAUGUAUAUACGACCUGGCUCCAAUUUCUCAUUGGAUAAAGACAAAAUCAUAUCUGUCUUUUAUACUCUUGUCAUCUCCUCACUUAAUCCACUUAUCUAUAGUCUACGGAACAAGGAGGUGAAAAAUGCAGUUAGGAGAAUGUUAGACAAGAUAAUAUUACUGAAGUAA